CGUAUGAGAAUUCAAUUUUCCCAGCCGCACUUGAACCCAUCACAAACUCCUGAUCCGGGUUGACAUCAGAGGUGAACUUCUCCUCUUGAGUUUCGACUGGAGCGACUCCGGACGUGGGAUGCUUUGGGGGUCGUUUAGCGAGAUAAAUAUGGGAUGGGAGCGGCAGUUCUAACGGGGGGAACAUUUCCUUGUUACAUGAUAAGGGAGAAAAAUGGAGAAUUCAAGUGAUUUUAACGCGACUGUUCCUUUAAUUUCCGCCGAAGCUCUGCGAGCGCAGAUUGUUCAAAAUCCACUCCAGGCCUGUUGGAGUUGGAGCACAGCUCACGUUUGUAACUAUCUCCUGGGAAUCAUCAUCUCCAUAUGUGGGAAUGUCCUCAUCAGCGUUUCACUCAACAUACAGAAAUACGCCCAUGUCCGUCAGGCUCAGCGUGCCUCCAAGCCGUAUUACACGUCUGGGAUGUGGUGGUCUGGUGUCGUCCUGAUGGGCGUCGGGGAACUGGGGAACUUUGCAGCCUAUGGUUUUGCCCCAGCAUCACUUAUUGCCCCACUGGGCUGUGUGUCUGUGAUAGGUGAGUCUGCUUUUAGCUUCUUUUUACUC